CCAGAAUUCAUAAUAAAUAUAUUAUUUUUAUAAUGAAUUUUAUUAAGGGGAUAGUAGAUGGAAUAUUGGCAACUGAUAUAGACUCGAGUACCGGGAAAUCCAAGUAUUCAUACGACCCUGAUGUCGCUCAUGAUGAUUCUGAUCCACAUUCCCUGGGUGAUAUAUUUCAAAAUCGAAUAAUUUCAAACGAUAAUGUAUUUUUAAACACUUCAAUUUCUAACCUGAGUGAAUUGUACAAAAUUGAGAGAGAAAACUGUAUUAAAGGACUGGUGCUCCGGUAUGGCGAAGGCUGUGUACAACAUCUUUCACAGUUACUUAAAUCUAACCACGAAACUAUACUCACCCUUUCAAACCAAAUCCAAGGCUACCUCUCUGCAUUAAAUGACGUUAACAGCAGAAUGGAAUCUGCUGCCGUAGAGCACUUAAGACUUAAAAAUGAGAACAUUAACCUCGUUCAAGGUCUACAGCUCCUUGAAUCUGAAAACAGUAUUCUAAAAUCUCAGCUAGAACAGGCAAACAUAAAUAUAAAAUCAAGCGAAAACCAAAUUUCAAUGCUAAAUGAACUUCUGAGGGAGAAUAGGAACACUUUUGAUAACAUGAAGGACAGAUGUGAAGAGUUUUACACACUAAAAUCGCAAAUCGAGAGUUUGAAUAAGAAGUUAGCACUUUCUGAAAAUCAUAUCGCUAUGUUAAAUAAGGAGAGAGACGAGUUCUGGUCAAACCCAAACCAUAAAUUAACAGACAAUGAUUAUAAGAAUAGAAUACUAGAGGCUCUGCAGAGACAAGAUAGAGCAUUAUCUGUAGCUAAACUCAUGGCAUCGCAAAAUAGUCAAUCAGGUCCUAAAAGUACUGGAAUUAAUCAAGAAACCCAUCAGGAACCAGCUAGAGAAGUUGACCUUAAGGAGCUUUCUGAUCUUAGACUUAGAGUUGACCAGCUUGAGGAUGAGAAUUCACAUUUGAAGGAGAUUAAUGACAGUCUCCACACAAUGUGUGCAGAUAUUAGCAAAAAUUUAAAGGAAGUUAAGGCUACAUACUUGAAGGAGUCAGUUGAUAACAUCAAGAUGUUUAUGCCUACCAAAACUAACCCUAUACAACUCGUUUUCGUUCAGCCAACCGGAGUUUUAGACCUUAGUUUAGAUCAGGAAUAUUUAAGUAAACUUUCUCAAUCUAAAGAUUCAGAUUAUAGUAAACAACAGUAUCAACAUUUGGAUGCGUCUCACACACCACAGUCUACUCAACACUCCACUUCUAAGGAUUCUUUAGGUUUAAAUCCUUCACAAUUGCAAAGCAAUAAACCCAAACCUCAACGGAGACCUAAGAAAACAAAGAUGAAUUUAAGGUCAAAAGUAAUUAAUUACGUGACUAAUCUCGACGCUUCCUCAAGCUCAGAGAGUGACGAGACUCAUCCUCCUCAAACUAUUCCUCAAGAUACUGAAAAUAAACAUGGAAAUCAGCCUGAAAGUUCACGACGAGCCGUUCGAUCUCAAUUUGAACCUAAAGUGCAUCAAGUUGAAUCUCAUUCUGAACCUAAUGUUGAUCCUCAUGAACCUCAAGUUGUUAGAGGUUUAGAUAAAGGUCAGAGGCUGAGUAGUUGGAAUUCAGAUUGGGACUUUUUAGAGGAGGAUCAAUCGGCUUCAAAUAAGGAAACAAGUGUUCAGCCUAGUACUGAAGAACCAAAAGUUGAUACUUUAAAUUUUAACAAUAGUGGUUCGGAUGAGAACAAAUUAUCGCAUCCUACUUUCUCAGAAGAUGGCAUCUUCGACUCAAUCAUAAAUGAACAAGAGAACGAGAAUUCUGAUCAAAAGGUCGAACCCGGUAAAAGCAAGGCUUGGGAUGACCUGGAUUUUGAUACUUCUAAUUCAUAGAAUAAUUCUUUCUAUUCUAAUAUACUAUAAUUGUAAUAUAAUAGUAUUUUAACCUAAAUUCAAUAAUAAUAUAGUAUUAUGAUAGUA